CAGACAAUCCCGAGGAAGGCCCACCUACCUAGCGAUCAGUCACUGACAGCAGCUCCGGGUCGAGGCGAUAUUUGAAUCAACUGGGCAAUAGAACCUUGAGGAAACAAGUCAUCUUUGUAAUAAAAGAGCACCAGGACCAGGGUCGAGAUGGAUGUGUUCAUGAAAGGGUUGUCCAAAGCUAAAGACGGCAUGGCUAUGGCCGCGGAGAAGACUAAAGAYGGAGCRGCGCUGGCGGCGGAAAAGACUAAGGAAGGCGCCAUGUUUAUCGCCGGCCUGGGGAAGAAGGACGAGUUCCCAUCUGACAUGAACCCUGAGGAGUAUGGGCAGGAGGCCAUGGAAGGAGAGCACAGGGAGAUCAGCAGGAGGGAGAGACAUAUGAUGAGAACCAGGGCCACGACUACGAACAAGAAGCAUAAAACCAUCAUUCCAAGUCUCCAUCCAACCAGCAGCACAAUUUAUUACAACAAAAAGGACAAACGAUGAAAGUACCACAAUAAUACAAAUCUAAUCCUGUUACACAAAAAAACACAAACAAGCAUUCCACCUGAGAAAAAUGUUCUUCCUUCGUCUUCAAGACGAAUCUUUUAUGAUAAUCGAUGCUAUAUUGUAAAUGUCAUGUUACUGCUGUAAUGUGUUGGGUCGUGUAGUUGUUCCUUGAAGUGUAGAAGCCGCCAGCAGUCUCGAGUCUCGUUUCCUUGAUUCCCUCCCAAUGGAACGAGACCACGGACCAGGCCUAUGGCUUGUGACCGUAGAAAUACAAUCCAAUAGAACAGGCCUKCCCCAUUCAAGAUUGGACUCUAUUUCUAUGUGUGUGACUCUUUGUGUGUUUCUCUAUUUAUAAAUGUGAGAUAAUAAUAAUAGGUGUAUUUUUCUCAUCUUCCAAAAUCGAUGUUGGGAGCGAAAGAGAAUUAUAAAUCCGGUUGUAAACAGAUAUGACUACUACCAAUAAUAUUCUCUACGUGUGUACAAUGCCUGUUUGUGGGUUCUCUUUUGAAUUUACUUUUGAAGCAAGUUUUUAUUUAUUUAAUGUUUUUUAAGUAAGAGUUUUAUACAUUGUAUCUUUAUAGUUGCUUGUGAAAUCAUUCCGGUGGAACUAUCUGUUAGAAAAUGGACAAACUACAUGUUUUUGUGUGUGUUUGUGUGUACUGAAGAUUUUAACAAGUUAAAGUCAAUAUAUUACGUCUUGAAAUCAUAAUGGUUGUCAGAUCAAUAUGUGCUUUAAAGUGCAGGACUUGUCAAUAUAAAGGUUUCUGUGUCAAAGCAGACAAACUAACACACCUUCUGUAAAUAAAAAAGUGAGAAACAAGAAA